CAAAUUGUCAACUCUCUAUAUGCAAGGGUUGUGGCCGUGUGAGGACUGGGCUUGGUGUGGAGCUGUGUGCACUGCGGUGACUGGAGUGUGGACUACUUGUGAAGUUGUGAGCUGCGAGUCAGCCGAGUCUGUGACUGAGUGUAUGAGUGAGUUUGUUGUCGAGAGAGUGAGACUCGAGAAACCAGAGUGUGUAAGUUCCCUGGAAGUCUGGAACUGUGGAUUCUGUGUGGAACUGUGGACUGUGGACUGUGGACUGUGGAGUGUGGACUGUGGAGUGUGGACUCUCGUGGAGUUUGGACAAGCAAGUGACGUUGUUACUCUCUCUAUUUAUUUAUUUUGAAAUUAUGAUCGUAGGCUCUAAAUUUUAAGAAGUUGUGAAGCAGAGCCGC